AUGACAUUUGACUUUCGAGCAAGGGAAAAGACCGCGUGGCGGGCCCCCGUGGAGAUGGAGAUGACUUCCAACGUAUGCACUAAUGACAAAAGGUAUGUACCCCACACACCGGGGGCCUCAGUACACGCGGCUAAUUACGGGAGUUGA